CAUUCACCUGCACUGCUGCGGCCCGCUCCCGUCCUGCGGAGGUGGUGGUGGCUGGAGGCAAACAACCAACACUUCUAGCAGGCAGACCUUAAUAAAUCCCUAUUAAAAAACAAAACAAAACAGAACCAACUUGUAAUGGAAGACAUGGAGAAAAAUAAAAGAGCACUCUACAAGAUUCAGAAUUGGGCCAACCUUCUGGUAACGGGCACGGUUUAAAAAUGAGCCCUCAGGAAACCAGCACAGAAAGAUCUGGAGGUCAGGACAUCUCAGAUCUUCCUGCUGCUGUGCAACUGUCUGAGACCACAUCCCCAUCAAUUCCAGAACCUACAAGCAUCAGUAAUGAAGGCAGCAGUAACUACAGUGCUGAAGAUUUAUCCAAUCCAAAUUCAAGCAUGGUGUCUUCAGAGGUGAGAGGACAGAAGAACAGUAUCUUGCAAGAACACAGAGAACAAACAGGCUCCGAUUUCUUAAAGCAGGCUGCAGAAGCAAGAGAGAGAAGUCUGCCUACCUCAGUGCCUUUUGCACACUGUGCCAAAGAACAUGUCACAGCAGAUCUUACAAGCAACAAUGACAAAUUACCAACCUCAAAUUGCAAUGAAGCAGUGCUGUCCCCAAGCCCAGUGAAUGACAAAGAAGAGGGGAAAGCACAUGCCGUAACUGUGGACAGAGGCCCAAAAUGUGACAAUAUUACUGCCACUUCUGUGAAAAACGAUGAGAACGAUCCCAGAAACCCAAGCCUGGAGCCCAGCCCUCCAGCAGCAGUUACAGAAAUGCAAGGAGUCACACAAAUGAGUUUGAGUGAAUUAGGAUUGCUCUGGCAGAGUGAGCAGCUGGGUGGCAUGAGGGAACCACAUGUCAGCACUUUUCCCCAGGCUAGAGAAGCAGGAGAUUAUUUUACUGCUCAGGGGGCCAAGCAGGAACGAGGAGUUUUGGAAGUAGGUCAGCCACAGACUGUAAUGCAGCAAGGUAGAGAGAACACAGAUGGUGGAGAGGGUCUGCUAAUGAAAAAGGAAACCUUAAUCCUAAAUUAUCCAGGAACAGGAGGCUCAGACAGUGAAAAAUUUGGAGCAAUUGUGAAUCCUCAUGGCUUCACUGAGAUCAGUGAAGUCUGUAAUGUACAGAUGGGGGCUGUAAAAACAGCUAAAGGGGAUGAUACAAACCCAGCUCUAUCCGGAAGCAAAGAAGAGCAAUCAGAAGCCUGUACUUUAAUGUCAGAGUUGCCUUCUAACCCUCCAGAUCUCUUCCUGGUACCAAAGCCUAAAGAGCCUUCAAGGGAAUACGUGCCUGGAAAUGACUCUGAAGAUCCAAUGAGGAGUGAAACAGCGAAAACAGCUUCUGAAAAAAAUGAACUCAUUUUUCAAAGAGAGCUUCAAAAGGAGGAUGAGCUUGUUAGUGCCGAGCAUUUCAGCGUGCCGUUAUCAUUUAAGCGAGAGGAAGAACAAAAAUCAGCUGUCACAACUGAAAGCCCAAAAGAUGAAGCCAGUAGCAAUGAAAUUAUAAAAGCUGAUGAUGUGUCUAGAGAAAGCACUACACUUUCUGAAACAGAAAGCAUUAUCAAUCCCACCAAGGAAAAUUCCCUAGUAGAUAAAAGAUUAUUACUGGAAGAAUAUGCAUUAAGUACUUAUCUGAGCAGAUCUGCAGAGCUGAAUCAAAAAGAAACCGAGGCAAAUGUAACAGGAGAAAAAACCAAAAUCAUAACAGAGGAGGCACGAGUGACAGAAACCAGUGAAUUACCUGAGGGGUCAAGCGGGACAGAAAGACAUCUAUUGAACUCUGUUAGUAGCCACCACCAGGACACAGAAAAUAACCAAGGAUGCAAUCCUGAAGAAUUUGGUCUUUGUGAAAAGACUUCAACAGGUGACCUAAAGGAAGAAGAAGGGGAAAAGCCUCUGAAUUUAGACAGUAUCUUUAAAUCACCUGAAGACAAUUCAUGCUCUCUUGGUUGUAAACCUGAACAACAAAUGAGUGAAGAAAAAACAGCUGCCACAGAUGACCUAGAGAAUAAGCUCGUGGCUCCUCCACAGUUUCCAAGAGAAGAAUGCCCACUGAGUUUUGAUUGCCUUAACGCUGAAGCAGAAGACAAAACUUCGGGCCAGCCAGGCUGUAACAGAACUGAAAAAGUUUGUUUAGCUGGUGCAUACAGUUCACCGCUCCGCUACUCUGAGAACAAUAAUAUUAAGCAGAGUAAGCAAGAUGAAUCCUGGGAAAAGGCUUUUGCUAGAGAAACUGUGUUAGAAUGUGAAUGCAAAACUGAGAGUCAAGAAAAGCCUAAGAGCUAUAGCAAGUCAGAAGAAAGUGCAAAAAUGUCCAAAUCAAAACUCGAGCACUAUGGCUUAAAUGAGUUGGCAGGGACUACAGAUAGCAUGGCUGUUCAAACUGAGGAGGCCUCACAGGUUUCAGAAACCACAGAACAGAUCAGCCACGUUGCUGAAGUGCCUUGCAGUGAUCCAGAACAAGGCCCGGCAGCUACAGCUGCACAAAGCAGUGCCAUGGAUGGUAAAGAAAAUGAGGUUCAACAAGAGAAGCACCAAACUACAGUGAAAGCUUUCGUGGAGGACAAAGAUUUGGCACUGAAAAGCGAAUGCAAAUCGGAUGUGCUGAUGCAAGCUCAGCAGGAGCAAGUGACUGCAGAAAGUCACAGAAAGACGCAGAUAGCUUGUUCAGAAACCUCCCAAGCUGUAGCUGGUGAUUCAGGACUUGCUCCUCAGCAAGUUCACGAGCAGAAAGGAGGUGAAAGCCACAUCAGUGGAAACAGCUGCCCCUCUGAGAGUGACACGUGCGGCUCUUCUGAGGCCCUGGAGGGCAGUGUCAGAGAAUUGCAGGAAAAUGCAGAUGUUGCAAUUGCUUUCCCCCAAGCAAAGCAAAUGGAGAAGUCAGUGUCUGUUGCUGGUGAUAGUGGCUGGAUUUCAAGUACAGAACUCGAACAGGAGCAGCAAAGCAGUCUGACAACUGUCACCAGAGCAGAUGAUCAGGAACACAAAGAAAGGGCUCUAAAACCUGAAUGGCCAUUGGACCUAAAUAAUGACAGCAACAUACCAGAAAUACCUGUAAACAUUUCAAACAACCUCAAUAAAGAAUCUUCUGUGCUAGGUCCAGCACCGAUCCAGUGCUACUCCGACACAGCAAAAGAAAAGGACAAGGAUAAAAGCAGUGUCGUGGCGUCAGAGGAUAUGUGCAGCAGCAAACACGAGCAAAAUAUUGAUGGUGUGACCAUGCUUAAUUUGCAAGAUUGCAAUGAGCUAAACAAAACUGAUCUCAAGGCAGAAGAAAACUGCCUCAGAAAACAAAACUCAAACAAGCCCGAGCAGGAUAAUAAUUCUUUGAUCUCAGCUAGUCAGCAUGAAGCAGCAUGUCAUAGCAAUGCAUUUUCUAAAGAAUCUCACAAGAAUGAACAGCCAGGCAGCGUAUGCAGGGUAAAGGAUAAUAGUGGUGAAAGCCCUGCUGCUGGCAUAAAUGCUCUUCCAGGGACACAGAAUUCAGCAAGUGGCACUAACAUAUCACAGGCUUUGCCAAGUGAUACAGAAAUAGCACAUGCUUCUGAUAAUUCUGAGAAAAAUGAUCCUCAAAUAUCUUAUUCAGAAACUCAAGGGAAAAUGCCAUUAAUAGUGAAAAACUUGGAAAAGAUUGAAGGUCUGACUGCUGAUGGGGAAAUCAUCUGGAAAGAUGGGAACAUGGAGAUAAGUUGUGAGGACAGUGCUUUGGUCACAGAAACAAGCAAUAUGAAAAAUGAUGAAAGUCCAGGGGCACAAGGAUCUCCUUCACCAUCACAGGCACACAGGGAAGAAAUUCCCACUGACGAGUCACAUGAAUCCAGCUGCAUUCAAGAGACACCAGAGGAGCCUGGUUAUUGUCAAGCAAAUUUUACAGCCCUCUCUACAGGGACCUCUGUACUCAGCCAUCCUAGCCAGCAACCUGGAAACAAUAGGAACAAUGGUACUUGGGGGGAGUUACUAAAUAAUGAGCUGGAAGUUGUAACAUGUCAAAACACCUUAGAAAGUAACUCGAAUUUGCAGAUUGCUGCAGGUUCUCAGGUGUCUGUGCACUUAGGGCCUUCACCCAGGGUAAACGCAGGUAAAACAGCAAAUUCAGAAAACAGCUCUGCAGGGAGUAUGUGUGUGAAUGAAAAUGAUGCUCCAGACCAAAGUUUUCAGGGUGAUGGAGAUGAAAGUUUAGCCCUGCCAGAGACUUUAAAUGUGGGGCAGAGUACUGGAAACUUAUCACAGUUCAAUUCUGAGAAGCUGAAGAAAGAGAUAUCUGCAAUUAAAUCCAAAGAAACAAGAAGUGAGGUAAACUUCAAAGAACAGCAAAGUGACAGUUCAACAAAGUCUCUGAUAGCUCACCCUACUCUAGAAGGGAAGCUGCUGAGCCUUUCAUCUGUUGGUAAACAAGAAGGCUGUAAUGAGGAAAUUGCAACGAAUAUCUUUGUAGAUGACAAGUACGGUAAGAUCUUAGAGAAACCUGGGAAUUUAGAAAAAAAGGAAGAGCUUUCAAAAGAGAAUAAUAACAUAACCAGGGCAGAGAUCAGUAUUUCUGAGCAGCCUACAGAGAACUCUGGAAGGGAGCAUGAGGCUCUGACUUGCAGCUCUCUGGAUAUUGGCUCUAGCCUCCCAGACUUUAGGGAGCAUAUCAGCCAGAUAUUCAAAAAAACUGUCCACAGCACACUGAGUGCUGAAUUACCCCAUCUUUUGUCUGAAAACCAUGCAGGCUUCAAGCAGAGUCCAGUGGCCAAGGAUACAGCAGAACUGUGCGGUGCUGAUAACUUUUCAGAAUCAAACGAGGCGAGCAAAGGAGCUCCGGAGGGCACCUCAGAUGCAGAAGGGCAAGACUUGUCUUUAGCUACUGAGACUUCCUGCAAAGCUGCCAAAGGCAAAUCUCUGCAACAAGAAAACACAGUGGCAGAGCUGCCACCAGCAAGUCUCCAGGACACUGAGAAAAACAGGCAGCCCAACAGCUGUUUAGAAGUGGUCUCCAGAUUGGAUGGCACUACACCUGCUGAAAGUGCUCUGGAAAAUCUGCAAAACACGGACAAAACCACUGAGCAUCCAAAGAGCAAUGAGAUGGAAAGAAAGGAAGGCGCCUGUGCUAGUGGCGUUGAUCAUGAAUUGCUAAUAAGCUUAGAGAUAAAGAAGCAAGGACCGGCUUCAUUUGAUGGGGCAGCAGCUGAGAACUCCGCAUAUUCUGACAGUAAGCAACAACCCCCUGUAGCUGUUAUCUCUACAGGUGAUGUACAGAAGAGGAACUUAGAAGAUGCUGCUACUGCAGAGGGAAAUAACUUAAUUACAGAGUAUAACACAGAACCAGUUUCAUCUGAAGAUGCAAGCCUUCCUACUGAACAGUGCCAGGAUCCUAAGCCAAAUGAACAGGAGAAAAGAGCGUACGGUGAUGUAGACAUUGCCAAGAGCAUCUCUGGCAUGACAGCUUCAACGCUUGUCCUGGGAGGAUCUUGCAAUCAUGAAAAAUUGCCGGACAAUUCUAACUUGUUGCCUGGGGAAAAUCAGGAGACACACAUUUGCAGCAAUUAUAUGCAUGACAUUAAGUCUCAGAAUGACAUGCAGAUGAUACAGGAUGAUGCAGUAAAUAGGAAAUGCUUGGAAACAUUGGAAAAUUCACAAGAUGCGCAGCAAGAAAAGAAAGUGACAGUGCAUGGGUUAAUAGAUUGCUUUAAAAACGGAGUAAGCCAGGAUGAUUGCUUGCAAACUGACUCUAAACUAGAAUCUAGCAGUGUGACUGAGGGAGAUGUAAAAGAGAACAGUGACACAGUGUUAAGCACAGCAAAGACAGGUAACAAAAAAGCUGGAGACAUCCCUGAAACAGGUACUGCAAGGAUGUUAGUCACUGGUGAAGGUGACUUAGCUAUAAACACGAGCACUGAAGAGCAGGAGACAGACCUGUACAAAAAUCACUCUCCAGCCGUUCCUGUGAUGGAGCAGGGUGAGCGUUCUGCGUGUACAGAUCUCCCUGUUUCUGAAAAUCAGCUGGGCAAGAUGAAUUCAGAACAUGAAAGCUCACUUCAGGACACCAAAAGAAAGCUAUUCCCUCUUGUAUUAACUGAGCCUAAGAACCUUGACCUCAAUGAACUUCAAGACAUGGCUGUGGCAGGAUUACCUACAGAAAGCAUUUCCAAGUCUGACAGCUGCAAAGAAGUUGAUAACCUCGUUUUUGGGGAUGUACCUUUGGCUGCGGCUCCUGCUGAUGGUGUAGAACUACCUGUUCAAGAAACUGAAGGUUUCACAAGGGAAAAAAAGAGGAGCUCUGACUCUGAAGAAGCAUUUGAGACCCCAGAGUCCACUACACCGGUAAAGGCACUACCUUCACCUCCGCAGCCACCCUCUGAAGCGGCAGCGGCAGCAGCAGUUGUAGCAGACAUAGCAGAACAAGAAAUAAAGCCCCAGCUGUCCUUGGAAGACACAGGAUUAUGUUCAGAAACUGUACCUGUAACUGAUGUGACACAGAGUGAAUCAGUUGAAGAAAGCCCUUUCCGUCCCCCUUCCCAUUCUUUUUCCACUGUCUUUGAUGAGGACAAGCCAAUAGCCAGCAGUGGAACUUACAACUUGGACUUCGAUAACAUUGAGUUGGUUGAUUCUGUCCAUGCCUUAGGACCAAGCUCUCCAGAAUCGAAGAAUCGUGACCCCAAAGCGAAUGUUCGAAGAAAAUCUACUGAUUCAGUCCCAGUUUCCAAAUCUACGUUGUCUCGAUCUCUUAGCUUGCAAGCAAGUGAUUUUGAUGGAGCAUCUUAUCUUGGUAAUAGUGAGACAUUAGCACCGGCAGCAGAUGUGUACAGUACAGGUUCAAGUAGUGCUUCUAGUACCCUUAAGAGAACAAAGAAAUCCAGACCAGCUUCUGUAAAAAAGAAGCAGUCAGCAAAAAAACCUCUGGAUGCUCCACCGGUGAAGGAAACACCACAAGAACCGUCUGACCUUGGCCAAGCAGCCUGUGCCCCAGGUGAGGAUAAACCAGUAUCUGAAGUAAAGGCUGACUCAGUAAAGCCUGAAUGUACUGAACCUUCUAAAAUCUCUGCUGAGAAACAGGAGGCCCCGCCUGUGCCUGAAGGAUCCUACCCUUUGGAUCCAGACAGUUUUGAAGGGAUUAGUGCAUUUAGCACUGGAGGCAGCAAAAUACAAAACUCUCCCCCUGCCAAUAAGAAAACACUACCUCUUACAACGGCACCAGAGGCUGUGGAGGUGACACCACCUGACACUGGAGGACAAGAAGACCCUCCAGUCAAAGGCAUUGCGGUGAGGCUGGAGUUUGAUUAUUCUGAAGAAAAAGGGGUGAGUGAAGACCAGCAGGAGUGUACUCCUCCUCCCAAAAAAGCAGGUAAAAAGCCUGGUGCUAAAAUGCCACUACGGAGGCCAAAGACUAAAAAGUCAGUGGAAAAGCUUGACAAUGCUCCAACCACACCAACCAAGUCACCCACUGAUCCAAAUGAAAUCCCUAUCACGAAAGGCUCUUACACUUUUGAUAUUGACAAGUGGGAUGAUCCCAAUUUUAACCCAUUCUCAUCUAGUACAAAAAUGCAAGAAUCACCCAAACUGCCUCAACAAACAUACAGUUUUGAGCCAGACAUGUGUGAGGACUCUAUUGACCCUUUCAAGUCAUCUUCUAAGAUAGCCAACUCGCCCUCUAAAUCUCCAGCUUCCUUUGAAAUACCAGCCAGUGCCAAUGAAACAAACGGAACUGAAGGAGACAACUUGAACAAGCCUGCAAAAAAGAAGAAGACUCCACUAAAAACGAUGGUAGAAGAUGUGAUGUCUGUAUGUUCUCUGUUUGAUACAUUUAGGGUGAAAAAAUCACCAAAAAGAUCCCCACUAUCUGAUCCUCCUUCUCAGGAUCCCACUCCACUGCCUACUCCAGAAACACCUCCCGUUAUAUCCACGGUGGUUCAUGCGACAGAUGAGGAGAAACUGGCAUCUUCGGUGACCAGUCAGAAAUGGACCUGCAUGACUGUGGACCUGAACACAGAUAAACAGGAUUACCCGCAACCGUCUGAUCUGUCUACAUUUGUUAAUGAGACUAAGUUCAGCUCUCCUACAGAGGAACUGGAAUAUGGCAACUCAUAUGAAAUAGAAUAUAUGGAGAAAAUAGGCUCCUCUGUGCCUCAGGAUGAUAACACUCCAAAGAAACAGUCUUUAUACCUAAUGUUUGAUGCACAGCACGAGAGCCCAGUCAAAUCACCUCCCAUCAGGCUGUCUGAUUCCACAACACCAUGCUCUGGGUCAAGUUUUGAAGACCCUGAAGCUCAGCAAUCCUCUGGAAUGAAAAUACAACAUCCAGCUUCCCGAGUCCUAGCUGCCAGCCAAGAGGCACACUUACAGUCACCUGACAAGUCAAAGCAGAAAGACAUAGAGCCCAUGACCCUAGGAACAACUCCAGACACUAUUGAAAUAACAUCUCCUGAAGACUCCUUUGUCUCUGCUGAUGCUCUUCUCAGUAGAAUAUCUAAGAAAACCUCAAUAUGUGAUCAGCCUGAAUAUCUAGAUCCUGACUUAGCAGAAAAGAACCCCCCAGUAUUUGCUCAGAAACUUCAGAUGCAGUUUGAACAGAAAGCCAAUCAGGUGUGUGCCCACCACCCUACACAUGCUGAGCUGGGUGUUGAAAGAAGAUCCAAGGAAAGGAGAGAAACUGAAAGGAAAGGCAUCGGCACAAAUGUGAAUAGGGCAUCACGGCUUUGGGGAGCUCUCAUGGUAGUGACGGGGAGGAAUAUUUCCUUCACAGGAAUGCCAUUUUUUCUAGUAAAAAUUUACAAGCAGAGAACUUAUGCUUGGGUUUUACUUGCUUUCCAAUAUACUUGCAAGCACAAAUAGGUCUUGUUUUGCCUCCAUUGACCUGUCUGCACACUCAUCAAUUAGUUAAAAGAGUAGAUCAUUUGAUACACACCCAAGCAGUAUUGGAAUGCUUGCAAAGAGCAAGCUAAUGUUCAGCAGGGCUAAAUACAUAUUCGUCUAAACAGUAUGAUAAAAAACAGUUUUCAUUUUCAUUGCAGUGCCUUUCUCUAUUUGUUUUCACUUUGACCUUGAAGCAAGAUAACUGCAGCCGGUUAAUCAAUGUGCAUUUAGUUCCUUUCUGGUCAGAUAUCUGGUUUCUGUGAAAGAUGCUGGGAAAAGAAGAGGAAUUGCAUUGGACUCUCAAAUAUUUACACUAAGAUUGCAGUGACCUACAUUUAGCAGUAAAUCCCCUGCAGACGCUAAUCUUUCUGUGCGAUGUUCAGUGACUUAUAAAUCCCUACGCUUAUUAUUACCCCAAUUAACUGCUUACCUUCUCAGCAGUUAGGUUUUGAACUUAAAGUAUUGACAGAGUUAUUUUGGGUAAUAUCAUCAGCCUGUUGGUCAGCUUAUACUAUUUACUCAGCAUAGGAGUAUUUGGAGGCAGCAAAUAACAGUUGCUGAAUUGUACAUCAGUUUGGAGCUGUGUAAAAUUGGCUUUUGAAAUAAAACCAUGAGGACUUUCACUGGUUGCUCAUGCCAAAGAGGGAACCUGGCAGCCCAGCUGUGAUUCGUGUGAAGUGUUUCCAGAGUUAGGACAAUACUGGUUGGACCAGUACCAACCAUUUCUGCUCAGCAGUUGAAUUCCAAGAGUUUUUACAAUAGUUUUUGGAAAUUUUAAGUUGGUUUGCAUGUCACAAUUACUUUUGAACAAUCUACUCAAAUGCAAGAGAGAACUAGUGAAAACAUAACUGUAUUAGGUGUUGAGCACUAUAUAAAAAUAUGCAUAAGUAUGUAUUAAAUGGUUUAAAUGUUCUUUUUUCUUUAAAAAUCUUUAUCAUCCUUGCAGUUACUUUGACAUGUUUUUAUAUGUGGUUGAGGAAAUUAGUGUUUCUUUCACCACAAUUAAUAUUUUCCAGCAAUCUCUUUAUGAGAUCCAGCAAAUUAAGCUGCAGGAGGCUUUUGAAACACGAUACAUACAGUUCAACAGAUUGAUCUUCAGGACAACCUUUCUUCUGAAGGCAGCUUUGAUGAUUUAAUCACUCUUUUCUCUCUCUUAGUUUUUCUUGCCUUGUGUUUGAGGAACUAAAGUACAUUUUUUCUGAAGUUAGGGUACUGAGCUGAGCCAGCAGUAGUCUUUCUUAUUGGCUGUUUUACCUUUGCUCAGGUCUGUGGACAGCACCAUGUGGUUUUGUAUUUAUGCACUUACAUAGAUGUCUGAGCUUGUGUCCCAGAUGUAUUUUCUCCUGCAUAGUUGUUGCAUACUGGGAGAUACUUUCAAGAAUAUAGGCUAUGUAAUUCUGAUAGAUCUUGUGAUGCUUUUUGCUCAGGUAGGAGAAUCCACUGGGUUUGAGGUUGCACCUCCUAUUUAAGUUGGAGUUGAUCGUUAUUUUGUGUGUUCAUGGUUAAACGUAGCAGAAAAGGGAAGGGAUGGCUGGCUCCAUAAAUGCUAGAAUUAAUAGUCAGUUGACUCCCAUGUUUAUUAAAAUUAAAUUUAAUUGAAAUUAAAGUUUAAAAUGAAAUUAAAAAUUAACAAAAAAUAGAGCAAAUUAGUGAGAGUCUCCUAUAAAUAAAGGUGCAGUAUGGUAUUUUGUAAGUACUGUUUAGCUUGUUCUUUCUCUAAGUAAAUUUUCUUGCCUAGUCUUUUAAUGUUGCUGGUGUGGUUUCCUCAUGUUGUCUACAAACAUGAUAUCCAGAACAUCUAGUCCUGUGUUUAUCUCGAGUGAGCAUUGUAUGUAAUUUUUAAUGUAGCUUCUUCAGUAAGGAGUGAGUGACAUGAGAACUCAGAAGGGAUUGCAACAGAAUUAACAGUGUGUUUGGAUCUUUUCUAUUAUUCUGGGCUUUGUAAGAAGGACUGUGAGCAAGUGAAUAAUUUAUGGAACAGCAUCUGACAAAAUUUCCUUUAACUGUGUUGAAACCAGAGCAUGUGGUGUUGGCAUUAAUGAGGUCUCUCUGUGUGCAUGUGGAGAGGAGGGCUGAACCUUGAUUCAGACAUUGUCCACUCGCUUUCACAUUCCUGUGCUUCAAGCAGUAGAAUGUGACUUUGCUAUUUUAUUUAAAAACAAACAAACAAACAAAACAACCUAAAAAACCCCAACCCGCUUUUACAAUAACAUAAAAUCUUUUUCUCUCUUUGGUGUAAAAAACUCAUUUUAAAAAAUUCUUGAUUACUACUCUUAAUUAUUGCCAAUAAAGCCUAAAGCCUAACAUACUGCAUUAGUGAACUUGAAGGAAUGGAAUAUAUUGCUUUAUGCACAAAAGUUACAAGUAAAUGGGAAAAAUAUGUUAUCCCCUUCUCAGCAGCAAGGAAGUGCUGUACCUGAAAAGCUCUAUGUGAAUAUCCAUUUCCGUCAGUGGAUGGGAAAAGGCAUUGAUCAAACUCGCUUCCCUCUCCACCCGCACAAACUGUGGGCCAUGUCCAGCCCUCUCUGUGGCUACCUCUAGCAUGGUCAUAGAAAUAAUUCUAAUUGUCUUGAAAGCUGGACAAUUCUGCUACUGAAUCUGCAGGUUAAAUGAAAAAAAAAAAAUCAUUCCAUAUUUUAAAAUGCAGUUUUGACACUGGCUUAGCAAGUGAUGUGUGUACACUUAUACAGCGAGAGAGGGAUUGCUGGGCAUGCGUGUCCUCCCUGCUGAAACCAGUGUGUUUGAAUGUUCUGUACCAUGUGAGGUAUCUUCUUAGGUCACAGAAAUUCAAGGAAUUUUUGCCAUACUCAGAUACAAGAUCUUUCCUGUGAAACUUCUUUUGGAGGAAGAAUUUCAUAUAAAAAGAAAGAGAAAGGAAAAUACUUAAGUGCAAGAGCACACCCUGGCCAGGGCUAGGCCCAUCUUCCCCACGGUGCUCCACGAGGCGGGGGCUCCCCUGGGACUGCUCUGGGCAGUGCGGGAACCAGAGCCGCUCCUCAGCCCGUGAAGUGGAAGCGCUCUGUCUCUGUCUCGCAGAAUUAUCCCGAGGACGAUGUAGCCUGUGCCUGUGCAGGUAGUCAUAGGUGUCCCAGCACUGCGUGGGUGGAGGGGGAUCCCCUUUCUCUGCUCUGGAGCCUGGAAACAUAACAGAGCUCAUAGAGACGCCUCUCACGAUGAACUUGCUACCCCGUGUGGUCUCCGUGAGGGUUUGUUCUUUUUAAGAAAAAGUUUAUUUUAAAUGUCAUAAAGACAUUUUGAUUCUCCAGCCUGUUUUAGUCCAGUGCUGUAAGGAAGCAGUGUUCUAGUGAUGGCCAUGGCAUCUGUGCUGUCUGUCCCUCUCCUCCCUGCCCCAGUAGUGCUGAUUUCUUUGGCCAGUUUCACGCAUGUUUAACAGAGGAGUGGAACAUUAAACCCCAGCAGUAAUGUUACAGUCACUGCCACCUCCAAAAUUAUUUUGUUACCCACCAGCAGCUGAAAGAAAGACCAUUUUGUUUGCCAGACUGCCAGAGGCAGUACCCAGCCAGGCGGUCAGCACGUGCAUGUUAGCUGGUUGAUGGUGAGAUGCAAAGUAUAGGUAGGGGACAGAGGGACAGAGCUGUAGUGGUGCACCUGCUGCAGAGGGGUCUGCUCUCUUUUUGGUUUUAAUGUGCUGUAACUUGGAUUAUUUGUAUCUAGAGUUGUUUGCAGGACUUCUCAUGCAUCUUGGUGUCACAUACCUCUCUCUUGCUCUUUCUUGUUUCACAUACUGCUCUCCUUCUGUGUUAAUCUGGGCCACUGACAUGAGCAAAAUUGGCAGCUGCAGAUGAAACCUCAUUUAACUUACUAAUCGCAUGCUGAAUACCAGUGGGGCAGAAACAUCACUUGUAUAUUCACACUUUUUAUGUAAUACCAUUUAUGAUAGAUACAGUAUAUUGGCAAGUCAGACCCAAGAAAGUAAGGUGUCCUUUUGCUUCUUGUUCUUGAUCAAUUUUCUUGGAAGCAGAAUUCCCCUUAACAAGCUCUCUGCCUCCAAUUCUAAUUUCCUUUGCUGAUGUGCAUUUGUUGUGGAUGUUUUAAUGAAAUCUCUGCAUCAGACAGUAGUAUAUCUUCUAAUAUAGGACCUUAAAAUAUUGAUGGCAAAGUGCUGUCUUUAUUUCCUCUCUCCAAGAGUAAUAUGGCUCUCUUGGUGCUUACUAUGGAUCUUAAAUGUAUAUUUUAUGAUUGCUAAAUUCAAAGUUCCUUGUCAGUGUUAUUGCUGUUAUAAUUUAGUAGUGCACAGGAUUCUAGUCCUACCUCAGGACCCUGGUGCCUAGCACUACACCCAGAAAACAUAUGAGCUAAACACAUAUUUAAUGGUUCAUUUCUUUGUAUUUAAAAAAACAAAC